AUGUUUACUUCCUAUUCAAAAUGCAACGGUUUCGCAAUUUACUUUAUCUUUGCAGUUCUUACAUUAAGGAAUGAUCACCUAAAAAUAUUAACCAAGGGAAAGCGCGUCAUCCAAGUGGUGAAAAUUGGCGGUUUCAGAUUAUUAGAUUCAGCUGUCGGUAAUUUAUCAGCUACAUUACUCAGUAGUGUUCACGAGUUUUCGCCAUAUGUUCAGGAAAAAGAUCUUUUCAAAGCAUGUCUCGCACAUCUGCCCGACAGCAGCCAAAUUGAUGAUAAUGUUAAGUUAACUAGUCAGUACAACCGAGGAUUUGGAGCUGGUGCUCUCUUGGCUUCUUUAAAUGCAGCUAAUCAGCAGCAUCAGACGGAAGCUUAUCCAACUAAACUUUUUCAACCAAUUGGAGAUUCACAACAAAUGAUAUCGCAACUACCUGAAAGAAACUACCAACAGAGGAACUUGAAUUUCAGUAAUUGUGGUUCAUCACUUAUAGCUGCAAACUCUGAUUCUACUCAAAACUUUAAAGAUAGCAGUCAAAGUUCGUACGUUAUGUCUACGUCUAACAGAGGACCUAAUCAAUCAUUACCUAUGCAUUUCACACCUCGUAAUUUACCACACGGUCAAGCAAAGCAAAUACAGUCCAAACGCGGCAGUUUUGACGAUGGGACAUCUCCAAAUACACAAGUCAAAUCUAAUUCAGAACUAAGUAUACUUGAAAUGGAAUCUAUUGAGUCACCAACCCCUUCUGAUAUGAAUUCUCCAGUUGAAUCUUGUUUUGCAAAUAUAAUGGAAGAUCAAGGAAGUGAUAGCUUUGAUUUGAAUAAUAUUACACCGUCCAUCAAUCUUUCAUCAUCUGUUGGUGUGUCUGAUUCCACCAUUGAUUUUCCACAUCACACACCGGAUUCUUCCGAACGUUUACAACGUACUACAUCAACAUUGUCAGCAACAGCAAAAACAAUGCUAAAAACAGGGAAUAAGCUGGAUCCCUUGGUACAAGCCAGUCCUGUAGAUAUGAAUCCUUUUUUUAUGAAAGAAAGUACUAAACUCAAUCGAGAUGACACUGGUAUCACAGCAUCGUCAUCAUGUCCAGCUACUGUACCAGAUGAUUUAUGUACAACAGAUAAUAAUACUAGUCCAUUACAGUCAGGAUCUAGAGCUGCUCAAUCGGUGCUAAGUGAAAGCGGUAGUAGUCCAUUGGGUGGUUUAAAUAGUACACCGGAAGCUACUAGUCUUCCGGUAAGUCAUGGUCCUCUAAGUAUUGGGAAUAUAUCUUCACCAACUAGUGGUCGAAAUAUAGAUGAUCAGCGGGUAGCUUGGAUGAGAGAUCGAUCGAAAAAAGAUAGUCAUAAUCGAAUUGAACGUAAGCGACGAGAUUACAUUAACUGCCAAAUUGCUGAACUUGGAAGUUUAUUACCUGAAGAUAUGUUCAGAGAUGGUGAUGGUAAAAAGAACAAAGGAAAUAUAUUGAAGAAUUCAGUGGAAUUUAUUUGUUUAUUACGUUCGGAAUUGGCACAAAUACCGGAAGUUCGACGAGAAACUAGUUUAGCUGCAAAAGUUAUCGGACAAUUGGUCAAACGUAUUCAGGAAUUAGAAUCAGUUACAAAUGUAGCAUCUAUGCAAACUUCACAUGCGAAUCGAAAUAAUCCGGAUUAUCAAAAUCUGUAUCAAGAAUGGAGUAUAUUGCAUGAAAACAAUUUACUAAAUUCAGUACCGAUAUGUACAACUAACUCACCAAUUACAAGAUCCUCGUUUCCACAGUCCACAACAGCUGGCGGUUCAUCACCCGGCCUAUCUUCUGUUGGUACUGAUGAAAUGGUUAAUAGUGAUACGAAAGUUGUUUUCGCAAAUUCUAUGACUUCACCGAUUGUUGGAUCUGCUCCGGUACGUAGUAAUCCACUAAGCAGUUUUCCGAGAAUAAAUUCGCCUGUUUCUAGCACGAAUUUCUCCACCCGACCUACUGGGGGUGCUGGGACUGUCAUAGACUCACCUUUAAGAUUAAUACGUGCAAGGUGUACAUCGUUGACAGUAUCUACAACAGGGGUUAAUAGUUCAUCUAGUGAUGUAAAUAUGCCUUGUGUACGACUUCAUACCCCUGAAUAUCAACAACAGCAGACUAAUAAAACGAGAAAUCAACGUAUUUUUCAACCAAAUCAAUCUCCUCAACCACGUAUUUUCCAACCCGGUAGUCAGUCACAGUUAUGUUGUUCACAGUUCCAAUCUAAACCUAUAUCACAAUCUCAGCAUCCUUCAUCUUCGUUAUCUCCUCAGCAUCAUUUAACUGUUCAGCAUCGAUUACAGCUAUCUAGUCGUUCAGGAAUGACUUUUGGAUCGAUUCCAAGUCAACAAUACAUUAAUUCACACAAUAUUAGUGCAAGUUUACCGGUGAAUGUUAAUCCGUUACUUUGUGGUAUACAAGAUUCUGAUAAUAAUGAUUUGAACGAUGAUAAGGGUGCGUGGUCUAUCGCUGAGUACUUCGGUAUCUUGGUCAUGUCAUGACGAGUUGUGGUGCAAACACAAUCAUCAAACGUAAAAAGAAAAUUCAUAGAUACAUUUACACUCAUGUCCGUUUAUAAUGAUCUUGAAUUAUGUAGAUAAAGGAAUUUCAGAUUCGUAUCACACUUAUCUACUUCGAAUCUCAAAAUCGUACCUUGUAAAUUAAUCUUGCUAACUUUAAACAUAUUAAUGCUAUAUUAUUUCAAACAAGAAUGGUAUCCUAUCCCGGAUAACUUCACACAAUCUCCUUGUGGUAGUCUUCAUUGUCUUGUAGUACAUGAAGUGAACUUUCUAACUAAUUGCUAAUUGAAAUAUUU